AGGACUCAUCAACAACUCGUCUGAAACUCGUGUGAAACAAGUCCUUCAACUCUCACACUUUUCUUUACUCUCUAUUUGGUCGUCAUACAUAAAGGUCGAGGAACACGAACCUAUAUUAAUGAUGUUCCUCAAAAUGGCACCCCAUUUUUGUCUGAUUUUACUCCUAAUGAUCUCAGAAGCUCUUGGAAAUGAAUGGAGUGUGAUACACAACAAAACACAGCUUUGUGCUUUAAAAGGUUCUACAGUGUUUAUGAGCAUCAUUCACACACAUCCAACAGAUGUUACAGUGACCAAAACAUUUUGGGUAAUAGACCCAGCUCCAGAUAAAGAGCUGACUGAUCUGCGUGAUGAUCCAGGUUACUCAGGCCGAGUGGAGUAUUUAGAAGGUGAACAAAAUCACUUUUCCCUCAGACUGAGUGAUGUGAAAAAAUCAGAUGAACACAAGUACUGCUUCAGAGUCAUAACAAAUGUAGAGAAGGAAAAAUGGUUGGGGAAACCGGGAGUUACACUCGGAGUUACAGAUCUUCAGCUGAUCGCUCCUGCAGAAGUGACAGAGGGAGAAUCAGUCAUUCUGACCUGUAAAACCACCUGCAGUCUGACUGAUCCAACAUUCAUCUGGUACAAAAACACACAUGAUUUAACCACAAACACCUUCAAGAGCAACGAACUCCACCUGCAGAGGGUCAGCAGUGAGGAUGCAGGCAGUUAUAACUGUGCUGUAAGAGGAUCUGAACAUCUCCCAUCUCCUGCUCAAUACCUCAGUGUCAGAUAUCCUCCAAAGAAUGUCUUAGUGUCUAUCAGUCCUUCUGGUGAGAUAGUGGAUGGAAGUUCAAGGAAUCUGACCUGCAGCAGUGACGGUAACCCACCUGUGGAGAACUACACCUGGUUUAAGGAGAAUGAAACAUCACCUGUAGGAUCAGGACAGAGUUACAGAGCUCUACAGAGUGGACUGUACUACUGUGAGGUUCAGAAUAAACUCGGCUCUGAGAGAUCAGCUGCAGUGUCCAUCACUAUAAAUGCGCCAGUCUCUGUAAUUGUGUAUGUGGCUGUUGGACUUGGACUUUUGGGGCUUGCAGCUCUUCUUUCUUUAUUCAUCUGGCUGAGAUGCAGGAGACGGAAGAAUAAUCCAGAUGAAGGUGACUAUCAGAACGUUGGGCUGAGGGCUAAAGACAAGAUGCAUGCAGCACAGGUUUCUCAUCCCAGUCCUCCUGAUGACACGCUCACUUCUGACUACUGCAAUGUGGAAACUAUCAGGAACAUGAUGAUGAAAAAGUCCUGAAACAGCUGAUGAAUAGAGAGAACUCCUCACUGAAGUGGAGAAGCUGAAUCACUUCUUUACACCAGCAACAUCAACAACUUACAGCCAUUUAAAACUGUUUUAAUCCUUUCAAACCAGUGUGUGUGUGUGUGUGUGUGUGUGUGUGUGUGUGUGUGUGUGUGUGUGUGUGUUUGCUGUUUUAAGUGCCAGUUUAAUAUGUUCAAGUGGAGUUACCACCCUAAAAUAUUUGCUAAACCAAUAUUAAAUUACUUCAAACAAAUCUAUGAUAAACUCUGAACUCUGAAGUUCUGCUCUCCUGCAUGUCUCAGGUGAUGUUAGUGACUACCUGAAGGACAAAUAUGAUCUUUAAAGUGCCAUUAGAGCUGACAAGAAUCAAUUCAGACUGGAGUGUCAUUACACCACCACUGCCCCCUGGCACAUGUAGCAGGAAUUACAGAAUAUCAGUCUUUCAAUGCAGAUAGUGUGUUUUGUUAGCAACAUGCUAGUCAUCUAACAUUACUGAUUAUAUUUCUGAUGUAUUACUUUCUCUAAACUGUAAACUGCAGGUCAGUGUUAUAGAUUUAAGCAGCUCAUGUGUUUGUACUGAUGAAUCUAAAGUAAUAACUGCUAUAAACUCAUUUAAAGCAGUGAAGUGAUGUUUUUUUUUAUUAUUUCAUUACUUAUAUUUUUAUUUAUUUUUUACUGUUGAUGAUGUAAACAUUAUGAUGUUGCUCUUAUGACGUUUGCUAAAACCUUCUUGACCUUCUGAGUAGAAUUUCUGGGCAUAAGCAAAGCUUUAAAUAUCAUUUUGUAUUUUUUUUUUCACUCAAAUAAACAUUUAAAAGCUGAAAAAGCAGAUACAGACUUGG